AUGGACCAACUGGUUUUAGAGUUCAAGAAUGGAGAUGACAUACAUUUUAAUUACUCCAGCCAAGCAGAAACUGCCCUGAAUACAGCGGAGUCAGGUCACAGUUCAAAGAAGAAAAAAUCCAAGAAGAAGAAGAAGAAAUCCGGAGCAUCCACCGCAACUACACAGUUCACCAUGAGCGAUGCCACUCUCAACGAUCCAGACGCAGACUAUCCAGAAUCUCGAGUUAUAAAGUUCGAUGCAGAUGGAAAUGUAGUGGUAGAGAGUCUAGACGAAGACUAUGGCACUGAGCGCAUAAAUUCUCAUCCACAGACUCGCGCAGUUGAGCCAGUCAAACAUACAAAGUUCUCAGUAUUCCACUUUAAUAAUGACGACGAGAAAAAGUUCUGGGAUAAUCUUUCUUUGCAUGCGCAGCGGGAUAUCGUGGAUUUAUCGCCAUAUACGGUAAUCCAGAAGAUUCGUGAGCAAAUGAAGCAUCGGUUGGCCAGCCAUACUGGUUGUGACCAUAAGCCAGAUAAGCUGUGUAAUUGUCCAUAUUGUAACAGGGGCAGUCUUCACAUAGAGGAAAUCGUGGAAGCCCUAUACCACUUGGAUGUUCAUAUGAUUUGCAGAUACGUGGAGGACUUCAAGCAAGAGAUUUUCCCGGAAUUGAAGAUGAACGAAUUCCACAGAGACCUGCUAUUUGACGAAGAGGAAGGUGUCUCAGGCUCGCUAUCUACAUCGGCUCUCGGUACAUCCAAAGAACAUGACCAAAUUCUCAUCGAUACAUCCACAAAGGAAAAGAAGAUCUCCCCGAAGGAGAAGAAAGCUUUGCAGAAAAGAGAACGAAGAGCAAUAGUGGAGACAGAACAGCAAGAAAUGUCUGUGAGAGAUGCUGAUGCUGAACAGGAACUCAAAGCGAAGGGGACAGAGGAAAGCAUAGCUACAGAGGGGCAAACAGCUUUGAAAGACCACGAAAGUUCAAACGGGCAUGAUUCGAAGGACAAUGUUCAAAUUGAGAAGAAAGCUUCCACCGAUACCAAUGCUCUUCGUGAGGAAACAAAACUAGCUCUCAACGAAGUGUCCAAGUACUUCUCGCAGAUAACCCUUGAUCACACACCAGCAGAAGAAGAAGGCUCUGAGGUUCAAGAGAAAGAGCUGAUCUGGUCACGUCUAAAGGAGACAGAUCGUGAUCAUAUCAGGAAGAUAUUUAGGACAGACUUCGCAAUGGAAGCAAAACUACGAUCUCGCAUGAAGUUUGUGAACGGUCUCAAGGAAGAGCUCAUGGAACGUUACAAAGAUCCAUCCCGAAUGCCAAAAGAUGUGCUCGAUUCCCUCAAGUUUGAAGACAAUUCAAAUGCUACUGACAAUUAUUCCAUGGAAAUUCUCAACAGCUUGGGAUUUUUCACUGGAGAUGAUUCCGAAAACCAAGUAGCACAGGCUUCAGACAAAAUCAAUGCAUUUGCUGACCUGAUACUCAAUGACGACGGGCGCUAUUUUCUUGACAUAUUGGAAUCCCUCAUCAAGAAAGAUAAUGAGAAAGGUUCUCGCAUUGAGGAGCUUGAGGAAGACAACCCUGAGCUUGAACAUUAUGCUCUCAAAUCUCCAAUCACAGACGAAGUUACACACCAAGACAAAGGCUACGAUGCCAGACCAUCAGAUCCUGCUUCAACUGUACAUACCCUCGAAGCUACAGAAGGUGUAAACGGACUUCCACGUCAGGACGUUGCUACCAUACGCGAGCAGCUCACUGACCACCAUGGCGACUUCCUCCACGAACAUCACCAUAACUGCAACCACCACGACGAUCAAGACGAGGAUGGCGAAGACGAAUAUGCCUCAGAGUAUGACGAGGACUACGACUAUCACCACGACUGUGAACAUCACCAGAACUGCGACCACGAUUGCCAUCAUGAUUGUGACCACGACGAGCAUUAUGAUGACGAGAGUGAACAGGAGAGUGAUGAAGAAAGUGAGUAUUCCAAGCAAAAGAGGAAGGAAGAGAUUCGCGGAUUCUUUUUGAUCCAGGCUGUGUCCAUGAUCAGGCAAAACUUCCGUGAAGCAUAUGAGAAAAAGAUUUCCGAGGACCGUACGCAGAAGUUCAUCGAGGAGCUUGAGGCAGAGGAGAAUGCCAAAAAGGAGAAGGAAAUGAAGAAGUUAAAGCAAAAGGAGAAACAGAAAGAGAAAAAGAGAUUGCAGCAGCUCCAAAAGGAGGAGGAGAAGAAGCGAAAGGAAGCAGAAGAGUUAGAGAAGGCCAUCGAGAUCAAGCGUAAACAGGAUGAAUUGCGAGCGGAACAAAUGCGUCGUAAGGAAGAAUUACGUUUGAAGAAAGAAGAAGAGAAGCUCAAGAAGAUUGAGGCUUUGAAGAAGAAGGAGUUGGAACAACAGAAACUCGCACAACAGAAGUUGAAACAACAGGAGGAACAACGCAAGAAAGAUGCCGAAAAGAAGGCAGAAGAGGAAAAAGCUGCUGAGGAGGAGAGAAAGGCUAAAGAGGCAGAAAGGAGGGCCAAAGAGGAAGAAAGAAAAGUGAAAGAGACAGAAAGGAGGGCCAAAGAGGCAGAAAGAAACACCCUAGAGGCCAAACUGAACUUUUCACAGCUAGAGGAACAAAUUGGUGAAGAGGAAUUACACAGGGGUCCACCUCCCGGUCUUUCAGCACCUGAAAUUAAACCCCAAGAACCAGCACCAGCCAAUAACCACAUUCUCGAUCAAUUGUACCAAGCAAGACCUCGUUCAGUGUCUUCGACAUCCAGUUUCACUCAACAGAUACCUUCGCUCACGAGUUCGCUCUAUUCGCCUACGAAGCAGCAAAUCCAACAAGCUACCUGGGCAACGGACACUACGCUCAAUCUUCAGAGUCAGCCACUUCCUACUCAGAACAGCAAUGUAUUUUCUCCAUUUGGAGAACCAACAACAGGUGGAGACCAAUGGUCCACUGGCCAGAUGGCGGAUCCUUUUUUGACAUCCAACUCUGUGUUACCCAACCGUGCAUCUACUUCAGGUAACUCAGUGUGGGGAGGAGCAUACGCAUCUCGAAACAACUCUAUUUGGAAUUCAAAUCCUGCCACUGGUGCCGGUGCAUCCACCAUAUGGUCAAGUCCAGUCCCUCAAAAUGCAGGUUUGAUGGUUGGAGCCAUUUCUACUCUCGGACCAGAUGUGCAAGAGUCCAGUUUAAUACAAGCAGCCACAUGUGAUGCGUUUCAGACAUUGCAGAGUUCGAACCAAGUGUCAUUUGGAAUGGCGCCUGCCGUUUUGUUGUUCCAGACAACCAAAGCACUAUUGAAACAUACUUCGUUGGGUAUGGCUGAAUUUUUGGGCACCUUACGGACAGGUGGACGCUACCAGUUUGAUUUCGUCUACGACGACUUCGGCAGUGUGACACAUAUCAAAGUCAAUUCCUUGAAUGCCAACUCCACGCCACCAUUAUCGAUGCAUGCAUCGUUGCAACUGCAGAUCCAGCCUCAGUUGCCAUCUCUUGGACAAAAUCAGCCACUCCAAGGCCAGACCCUUCAAGGACAAUCGCUUCAGGGACAAUCUCUCCCAGGACAAUCACUUCAGGGACAAUCACUUCCAGGACAAUCACUUCCAGGUCAAUCACUUCAAAUUCAGACUAUACCGACUCAGGCUUCCCUGCUUCCACCCAAUUUGCCCAUCCACCAGAAUUUUCAGCCUCAGGCACAGCCACUUUCGCAGCCUCAGCUGGUUCAGGGAGUCGCAUUCCAGCAAGCACAGUUCUCUGACAAUGGAGAAAUUUAUGGUACAAACUUCCAAACACAGAGUUCUGGUCCAAAAGAGCAUUACGACAUCAAUUUACCUGCGUCGGUGCAAGGCCUGUUGAAUCAAUUGGGGUUUGGACAGUCGAGAGGAAGCAUCUGGUGA